CACUUCACACCUCUUCAUCCUCAUCCAUAUUCAUCUGUGUUCUUUGAUCUGAUAGCUUUAAAGGGUUUCUGCAAGUUUCAGUUUUUAUUUGUUUGGUUUUUUUAAGGUUUAAGGUUAUGGGGGUACAAGAAGAUGUUUUGGACGCAAAUCCCAUUAAGAUUCGGGAAGUUUGGGCGGAUAAUCUGGAAUCGGAGUUCCAGCUCAUCAGCCACCUCAUCGACGAGUAUCCGUACAUCUCCAUGGAUACGGAGUUUCCUGGGGUUGUUUUCAAGCCGGAGAGUCGCCGGCGAGGGCCUUUCUCGGCUUCCGAUCGCUCUGCGGAUUCCUACCGGUUGCUCAAGUCAAACGUGGAUGCUCUGAAUCUGAUUCAGUUGGGGUUGACUUUGUCGGACGGUAGCGGAAACCUCCCCGUGCUCGGAUCUGACGGCCACCGCUUCAUCUGGCAGUUCAAUUUCUCCGACUUUGACGUGCAGCGUGACCUCUACGCGCCGGAUUCCGUCGAGUUGCUCCGCCGUCAGGGAAUCGACUUCGACAAGAACCGGGACUGCGGGGUUGACUCGGCCCGGUUCGCCGAGUUGAUGAUGUCGUCCGGCCUGGUCUGUAACGAGUCCGUCAGCUGGGUCACGUUCCACAGCGCGUACGAUUUCGGCUACCUGGUCAAGAUCCUCACGCGCCGCUCCUUGCCCGGAGAUCUGGAAGAUUUCUUGGAAAUUCUCAAGAUCUUCUUCGGGGAUAGGGUUUAUGACAUCAAGCACCUCAUGAAGUUCUGCCAGAGUCUCUAUGGCGGGCUAGACCGGUUGGCCAGAACGCUGGCCGUGGACCGGGUGGUCGGAAAAUGCCAUCAGGCCGGUUCAGAUAGCCUGCUGACAUGGCACACGUUUCAAAAAAUGAGGGAUGUGUACUUUGUAAAUGAAGGACCGGAAAAACAUGCCGGAGUAUUGUAUGGACUAGAAGUUUUUUAAGAUAAUUCUAAUUGUUAAACAAAAAAUAAUAAUUUUAUUAAUUCUUUUAGUUAAA